AUGUCAUCGUUGCCCGGGGACGACGCGGGCAGCGUUCUGCCCAGUGCACGGACUCCCACCACGGCAGUCGACGGCGACAUCGUCUUCUCCGCCGUCGCCCUCCUCUUCCUCGGCCUCGCCCUCGCCUUCUUUAUUUACCACUACCUCACCUUCAGUCGCCGCGGCGUUCGGGGUAGGGCCGGGACGGUGAGGGGCGGUCCGCGCCUCGGCGUUGGCGCAGCUUCUGCUUCCGGCGUCGCAAAAGGCGUCGAUCCGGUGGUGCUGCGGGCGCUGCCGGUGACACUGUACCGUGCCAAGGACUUCGCGGAUGCGCUGGAGUGCGCCGUGUGCCUCGCCGAGCUGUCCGACGGCGAGGCGGCCAGGUUCCUGCCCAAGUGCGGGCACGGGUUCCACGCCGAGUGCGUCGACCUGUGGCUGCAUUCCCACCCCACCUGCCCGCUCUGCCGCGUCGACGUCGACAAGCCGGACGCCUUGCCGCUGGCUCUACCUCCUCUGCGCCCCGAACCGGCGAAUUACGCCACAAACCUGCCGACCAACGUGCUGUUCUGGGGAUCCCCGGACGCGGUCACGACUGGAAGAACAGUCGGCGGCCCGAGCUCGUCCGUUGGAGCAGCAGCGUUGAUUGUCAUCGAAGUCCCGGAGGCCGCGGAAUCGGCGUUGGCGCCGCGUGAUGGUGAUGCCGGGAAGUCGCACGGUUUGGCGAGGAUGAGGUCGAUUAAGAGGCUGUGGAGCAGAGGGAUUCAAGAGGUGGGCGCUAGUAGCACUGCUACCUCUUGCCACCAAGCCACUGCUGGUGCUCAUACUGAGGACACUCUUGGUGUUGCCGCUCGCAAUUUCGACCCGUAG